AAACUCUUAAUAAUUUACCUCAAGAAACUCAUUAUAAUUUACCUCAAGAAACUCUUAAUAAUUUACCUCAAGAAACUCUUAAUAAUUUACCUCAAGAAACUCAUUAUAAUUUACCUCAAGAAACUCUUAAUAAUUUACCUCAAGAAACUCUUAAUAAUUUACCUCAAGAAACUCAUUAUAAUUUACCUCAAGAAACUCAUUAUAAUUUACCUCAAGAAACUCUUAAUAAUUUAUCUCAAGAAACUUUUAAUAAUUUACCUCAAGAAAUUCUUAAUAAUUUACCUCAAGAAACUCUUACCAAACUUCAUGAUGCAUCUAAUGAAUUCGAAGUUGCUCUGUGGGUAGCUUACCAUCCAAAAGUCUUAAAUUUAGCCAACACUAUUCGUAGUGCAAUGAAAAUUAAAAUAACAGAAAACGAUAAUAUACCAUCAAAUACUACUAAUGAUGAAAUACUCUCAAACACUACUAAUUCAUGCAAUUCUAUAAUAGAAAUUAAUAAGUUUCAAUUGCAAGAAGAAUGUAAAGCACUCUUCUUGCGAACUAGAAAUAAUACCACGGUAUUAUACGAAGAAUUGAUUGUAAAAGUAUGCAAGAUUCCGAAAAGCGAUCAUCGCAUGGCAACGUUAGUUAAAGAUGUGGGUAGUUGGUAUGACGUCUAUCGCUAUAGAUUUCAUGUUGCUAUUUUAAACCUUGCAAAUGAAUUUUCCGCAACACAUGAAUGGGAAGACGAACCGUUAAUUAGUGAAUUAUCUGAAUUUAUCAGCGAAGAUGUAUGGAGGCAAGUACUUCAACUGCAUUUGAAAGCUACUGAUUUGCCGGCACUAAAGAAUGAUUCCGAAAUGUUUAUGAAGCUUGGCACUUUAGUAUCUGAAGCAGUAAGAAGGGUUCUUAUUGCGCAGCAAAAUGAACAAGAUACUAAAAUUGCGAUUAGGAAAUGUGAUGAAAUCACUUUAGAUUUAAAAAUUCCAACUAAGUUUGAAAUAGUUAAAACUUUACCAGUUAGAGAGCUUUUAAAAUUGUAA